AUAAAAUUUUUUUUUUCAAACCAGAAAUCCUAACAAAGAGUCUCUCUCUUGAGUCUUUAAGUCAUGCAGCUCAAAUCAUCAUCUUCUACUUUAUCACCGUCCAUGAAACUCAAAACCCGGAUCCAAAAUCUCCUCGCACACCCUCUCUACCGUUUCCUUAGAGCUGUCUCUAGAGCUAAAUCAGUAUUUCUAGAGAUCUUUAAACACAAAAACAAGAAACUAAAGCUCACUAUGUUUUAUCCAAGAAAGGCUUCAAAGAAUCAACGCAAGAUCUAUUUCGGAUCGUUUAGGUUACACUACAACUGGUGUUCUUCUGAUGUUGUUCCUGUCCCUCAGCCUUUCCCUUUUUCUGUCUCUGACAUCAAUGGUGGAGAAUAUGAUGAGUCUCAGCUCUCUGGCUACCUCGAGUGGCUGGAGCACAAGAAGGUGGAUGAUUUGGAAGAGAUCAGAGAUGUUGGAGUAGUGGAUGAUAAUAAUGAUAUUAAUCAUUUGGCAGAUAUGUUCAUCGCUAAUUGUCAUGAGAAGUUCUUGCUCGAGAAGGUCGAAUCUUACAGAAUGUUUCAAGAAACGUUAGAAAGGGGUUUGUGAAAUAUCAGAGGCGAAACAUAGAUUUUGACUUUUGUCUCAUUCGCUAAUAAUCAUGUUGUAAAAUCUUCGCUAGCUUGAUUUGAUGAUAAUAUAUAUUGCCAAAAGGUGGUGAUAGUGUAUCUUGAAAGUUUUGGGGGGGGUAAUGUGUGAGAAGUG